AUGAAAAGUAGCAAGCAGGAGUAUUUUAUUGAGCGAGAUGUGGACUCGAGGCGCUCUGAAAUUGUCUCAAAUGAGCCAGACAAGCCUUCAACGAUGAAUAGGGAUCUUUCGGUGCGGCACCUGUUAAUGUUAGCAGUUGGUGGAGCUAUUGGGACUGGUUUGUUUGUUAAUUCCGGCUCAGCUUUACAUAGUGGUGGUCCUGCAUCGCUGUUAAUUGCAUGGACAAUAAUUUCUACUUGUUUAUUUACUGUUGUGAACUCUCUUGGCGAACUGGCGGCCGCCUAUCCGGUGGUGGGAGGAUUCAUGGUGUACGUGCCCAGGUUUGUUGAGCCAUCGUUUGGUUUUGCGAUUAAUAUCAACUAUCUGGCACAGUGGGCGAUUUUACUUCCACUGGAGCUUGUUGCCGCGUCGAUAACCAUCAAGUUCUGGAACCGGUCGGUGAACUCAGAUGUAUGGGUCACGAUUUUCUACAUCUGUCUACUAUGUGCUAAUAUGCUCGAUGUGAAGUCUUUUGGGGAAACUGAGUUUGUACUGUCGAUGGUGAAGAUUGUGGCAAUCUUGGCAUUCUACAUUCUCGGUGUGGUAAUAGUAUUGGGCGGUGGGCCUUCUGGUGGCUUCGUGGGUCUAAAGUACUGGCACGACCCUGGCGCCUUUGUUGGUCAAACGGCCGGAGAGCGUCUACAAGGCCUCUGCUCUGUUUUCGUUACAGCAGCAUUUAGUUACAGUGGCACAGAGCUUGUUGGUCUCUCUGCAGCAGAGUCUUCCAACCCCCGUCGCACGCUGCCCAAGGCGUCAAAGCUGACAUUCUGGACGAUCACGAGUUGCUACAUAGCUGUUCUUACGAUAAUCGGAUGCUUAGUCCGCAGCGAUGAUCCUCGAUUGCUGCGUGGAUCGUCAUCUGUUGACGUCGCGGCAUCGCCCCUUGUGAUUGCUAUCGAAAACGGGGGCGUCCGCGGCCUGCCAUCUUUAAUGAACGCAAUCAUCCUCAUUGCCAUUCUAUCCGUCGCUAACAGCUCAGUCUACGCUUGCUCGCGUUGCAUUGUUUCCAUGUCCCAAGUAGGGCACCUGCCUCGUAAGCUCGGCUACAUCGACAAAAAGGGUAGACCACUUGUGGCAAUAUUUAUUACCCUCUUUAUCGGCCUGCUUUCCUUUAUUGCGACAAGCGAUAAGCAGCAGGAGAUAUUUACCUGGUUGAGUGCCGUAUCCGGCCUCUCCACCAUCUUCUGCUGGCUGGCCAUCAAUCUUGCGCACAUCCGUUUCCGCUACGCUUUACGUUCCAGAGACCGCACUCUUGAUGAACUACCGUACGUUUCCGUCUCAGGCAUUAUCGGCAGCUGGUAUGGCGUAUUAGUCCUUCUCAUAGUCCUCGGAGUUUCCUUCUGGACGUCUAUCUACCCUGCAGGAGCUUCGGCCCCCAGCGCACGUUCUUUUUUCGAAGGCUUCCUCUCCUUCCCCAUAUUCCUAGUGUGUUACGUAGGGCACAAACUAUACACUCGUAAUUGGCGGUUAUUAACCAAGACCGCUGACAUUGACCUCGAUUCCGGUAGAAGACAGGUCGACAUUGACAUAUUACAAUUAGAAAAAGAACAAGAAAAGGAACAAAUUGCAAAGCAGUCCUUCUUAAAGAGAAUUUGGAACUUCCUAUUUUAA